CCGGGCGGCGGGGAGAUGCGGCUGCUGGCGCUGGCGGCCGUGCUGCUGGCGCGGGCUCCGGCCCCGGAGGUCUGCGGAGCCCUCAAUGUCACCGUGUCCCCUGGACCCGUGGUGGACUACCUGGAGGGAGAGAAUGCCACUCUGCUUUGCCACGUCUCGCAGAAGAGGCGCAAGGACAGCCUGCUGGCCGUGCGCUGGUUCUUUGCGCGUGCCGACUCGCAGGAAGCCUUGAUGGUGAAGAUGACCAAACUGCGGGUGGUACAGUACUAUGGCAACUUCAGCCGCAGUGCCCACCGCCAGCGGCUGCGCCUGCUGGAGGAGAAGCGAGGCUCACUCUACCGGCUGUCUGUCCUCACCCUCCGGCCAGCCGAUCAGGGCCACUAUGCCUGCAAAGUACAGGAGAUCAGCAAGCACAGGAAUAAGUGGACAGCCUGGUCCAAUGGCUCCUCGGCGACAGAGAUGAGAGUGAUUUCCCUCAAGGCCUCAGAAGAUUCGUCCUUGGAACCCAAGAAAGAGACCUGGGCAGUUUUUGAAGAUCUCUACAUGUACGCCGUCCUCGUGUGCUGCGUGGGCAUCCUCAGCGUCCUGCUCUUCACCCUUGUCAUCCUCUGCCAGUCCGUGUUCAGCAAGAGGAAAUCCAGAGGGAGACACUAUUUGGUGAAAUGCCCUCAGAACAGCUCAGGGGAGACGGUCACCAGUGUAACCAGCUUGGCCCCACUGCAGCCCAAGAAGGGCAAGAGGCGCAAGGAGAAGGCUGACGUUCCACCUGCAGUCCCUGCCAAAGCUCCAAUCGCCACCACCUUCCACAAGCCGAAGCUGCUGAAGCCACAGAGGAAAGUCGCGCUGCCCAAGAUCGCCGAGGAGACCUUGACCUACGCCGAGCUGGAGCUCAUCAAGCCCCACCAGACGGCCAAGGGCGCCCCCAGCAGCACUGUCUACGCCCAGAUCCUCUUCGAGGAGAACAAGCUGUAACACGGCUGCCA